CCGUCAUUUUCCAACGUUUCUUCAUUCUUCGCCUUUUCCAACGUUUCUCUCAUCGUUUUUCUUCAACGCUCCUUCCCUUCCAGCCAUCCCUUCAUAGCUCAUCCCUCUCCCGCAGCAGCAGCAACCCAGCCCAUCCGCCUUUGCCGGAAGAAUGAAGAUCUCCUCCCAAAUGAAGCUCCUCGCCCUUUGUCUGGCGUACGCAGUGUCGGUGCGGCGCGCCGCGGCCAUGGCGGCAAGAAACACCCGCGAGAUCUUCCAGCACACCAUGGCGCCCGUCAGCCUCGCCGAGGAGGACGCGCCGGUGUCGGUGGAUGUGCCGGUUGGCGAGAGGAACAUCACCAUCAGGUGGGCGGGCCCGACCGACACGGCGGAUGACGCAGAUCUCCAGGAAAACGUGACGGCCGACAACAACAUCGGCUCCGGCUGCCGCCAGCACUUCCCCAGUCCGCUGCGGUACAAGAUCAACCCCGGCAAGCUCUCCCUCUCCCACAGGGAGCGCCUGCAGCACCUGCUGCAGCACAACCACUUCUCCCACCCCGACGCAUCGCCCAUCGUCCUGCUGGCGGCAGAUCCCGCCGACGACGAGUCUGACGCGGAGGAUUCCUUCGACACGGGCAACGCCACCGAGUGGAAGGACACCGAUAUCGAGGAGACCGGCGAGGCGGACGAGCAGGGGGACGAGGGAGCCGACACGUCCAUGGCCCUGCAGGUGGACAGCCCCGUGCGGCAGCAUCUGCGGUCGCACCGCUCGCACCAUCCAGUGGUGUUCCUGGAGACCGGCAGCUGGGGGCCGGUGACAGUGCCGACCAACAAGGAGAUCGACCUGCCCAAGGACACACCCACCAUCGGACAGCGAAGUGAGCGGGCUGCACAGAGAGGGGAGGGGAGGGAGGGAGGGGAGAUGGGUGGAGGGUGUGUGUGUCACGUGUGGUGUGUUUUGUAUGGUGUGUUUUGUGUCAGAGUGGACUCGCCCGACGUUCAGCCCUUCUGGUUCCUCGGCCACCAGUGCGCCCACGGAGGCCCCUUCAGCCACGAUGGAGCAGGAACCCGAAAGCAAAUGUGAGCAAAGGAAACACACAGCCGGACUGCGCGUGUCGAUGUGGGUUGUUGCUUUGUGGGGUGUGUGUGUGUGUGUGUGAUCAGGGUUGAAUGAUAUGCGGGGUAUGAUGGAGAGCACCACCACGAGUGCCCCGGCAGCCGCCGGCAAAUCUGCACCAGCACCCACGAGCUCGGGCGGCGUCGACGGAUGUAACCAGCCCCCUCCCCCCAACACACACCCACACCCACACCCACACACACAGAGAGAGAGAGAGAGAGAGAGGGGAGAGAGGACACACACACACACACACACACACAUUUCCAUCUCCCUCUCUCUGCGUGUGUGUGGUGUCUGUUAGGGUUGGAUCAGUGGAAGAACUGGAGGUCCACGUCCACCGCAGCGCCCUCGUCGAGAGGAUCGGCCAAGACCACACCAGCCCCAUCCACAGAUGGAGAAGAGGAAGACGGAGAGGAGGACGAUACCGACACAGAGACCGACACGGACAAGAAGAAGCCAUGUAACGUCUCAACACACAGCCCAACACCAAGAUACACAGACAAAUGAUGCAUUUCCUCUGUGUGUGUCUUGUGUGUGGAUGGGGCGUGCGUGUGUGUGUGUUGCCAGCGCGUUUGGGCCGGUGGCUGGGUCGCAUCACCGGCAAGGAGGGCGAUGAGGGCGCCAAGCUCAUCGGCAUAGGUGACAACUCCACCACCGAACUAUCCCAGUUUGCCCAAGGUAAAACACAAUUCGAAAAAGGUGAGCGGGCCCCCUGCUGUCCUCCCUCCCCUCCCCCUCCCCCUCUCCCUCUUCAUGUGUUGUGCUGUGUGUCAUGUGUGUGUGAUGAACCAGAUAUUUUGAACGGCCACAACAAGCUGCGCAAGGGAGCGGGUCUGAAACCGGUCAAGUGGAGCGGUGCACUGGCCAAGUUCAUGCGGGGCCACCUCAAGACCCUCCACCAGCAGAACAGCUGCAGGAUGAUGCACAGCACCAACCAGCAGCGCACCAAGGUCACUGACAUGACUGACUUCACACACCACACACCCCGCACACACAACACACACGUGUACCUUCUCUUUGUGUGUGUGUGCAGGUGGGCAAGUUCCAGCGAGUCGGUGAGAACCUAUACAUGAGCUGGGGCAGCCAGUCCGCCAAGCCCAAAGGUGCGGGUGUGGCCAACUCGUGGUACGACGAGGUGCACUGCUACCGGUACGGCCCCAUCGGCAACAGCUGCACCACAUACCCCAACUCCAAAUGCACCGCUGAGACGGGAUUCCCACAAGACCCCAGAUACGUCAUGACCGGUAUGUGUGACGCACACACCCUCCCCCCUCCCCACUCCCCUCCACCCCUUUUUGUGCGUGUGUGCAGGUCACUUCACGCAGCUGAUGUGGGAGAGCGUGACGCACAUCGGCUGUGCGAUGCACGGGUGCGGCAAGGUGAGCGGCCGCUGGUCGUUCCUUGCGGGCUGCGUGUACGGGUCCACCACCAAGCCCUACGGCGGCAACAUGUACGGCCAGUACCCCUUCAGCGACAAGGUGGCCGCCAAGCUCAAGAUCCCCGCCUGUGCCUAGCCUAGCUAGACAGAGAGAUGUUUAAUCCCCCGUAGACGGACGGACGGACAGAGAUGCGAGAUGCGAGAUGCGCCUGACGACCGGUGUGUAUGUCGGGUGAUAUGCUUAGCUUAGUUGCUGACUUCUUCUUUUGGUAGAGAGAGGGUGGUGGUGGAUGCUUGCUACUGUCUUGUUGCGUGAGACACAUACACGCAUUCAAGUGUGUGCACAGAUCACACAAUGAUCA